AUGGCAUUGGAAGGAGGUGCAGAAGCAGUUCGAGCGACGUUGCGCAACUCGAAGCUCGACGAGAGCUUGUACAGUCUCGACGAGGAGGAGAGCGCCUUCUUCAAGUCGCUGACUGGCAUAGAUGACGACGAGGCCCUCAAACAACAUAUUCUCAAAGUUCAGAACGACGCGUUCGAGGUCUGGCCGUUCCCGUGCAUCCGGCGGUUCUCAUUCACCAAGUUGAAAAUAUCCCGCCUUCCAGCAUAUCCGCAAUUGUUGACGCUCGGAAAGCAUCGUCAAGGGGCUAUCCUGUUGGACCUCGGAACUUGCUUUGGGAAUGAUGUAAGGAAGGCUGUUAUAGACGGCUUUCCAGUACGCAACACAAUUGGAUCGGAUAUCGAGCCAGCAUUCUGGCGGCUCGGCCAUGAACUAUUCAACUCGUCACCGGAGACCUUCCCAUCCACGUUCAUCGCGGGUGAUGUCUUCGAUCCGGUCUUCCUCGAGACGCAUCCCUUGCCCAAAGCUACCCCAGAUGACUCCGUGCCAAAGCUGGAUACGCUUACCAGUCUGAACCCUCUCCAAGGGCGCGUCUCCGCAAUUCAUGCCUCUGCCUUCUUCCACCUCUUCGCGGAGUCCAAGCAACGCGAGCUCGCGCGCGCAGUCGCUGGAUUGCUCUCACCUGACCCUGGCUCCCUCAUCUUGGGUGUACACGCCGCAGCGCCGGAGAAGGGCAUCCGCCGCGCCGCGGGUGGCGAAAAGCCCUUCGAGCUCUUCUGCGAUUCCCCAGAGAGUUGGAAGGAGAUGUGGGAGGGCAUCUUCGAGCCGGGGACAGUGAAAAUCGAGACGGAGCUCAAGGAGAUGCCUAAUUCCGCGCAAUCGACGGGUAUUGAUAUGCAGUUCUGGGAGAUGUCGUGGUCGGUGACACGAGUAUGA